AUGGCUGGUUUCCGGGACAGCAAGCACACAUCCAAAGGUCGCCGGUACUGGACCGGAAACCCUGCGGCUGUCACCAACCGCCAUUCGUUGCCCGACCAUCUCUCCCUCAUAUCUAUCCAGCCUUUCCACCCUCGCCCUUUCCAUGCGACUACCGCCGUUGGAGUAUUAUUCGCACUCGCGCCAUGUCCAUCCCCGGAUAUCGAUAAAGUUGAAGAGAUUGAAAGACUGCGAGAGAGACUCGAGGCGGCUGACGCAUACACUAUAUCCCACACGAAGCGCAGCCAAGUCCAGCGGCCCGCUCGACGACAUGUCAUUCGGAGACUAAUAUGCCGCCCUGUACUGAUUGUGCUCGCAUGGCGGAUGGGUUCCAACGCUCGGUGGAGCGAAGACUGGGCGAUCACCGGGAUGAUCAUGCGAUAUUGCAUUCCUAUUGGUCUGACAGCCUCGGCAUCGUACGACGACCAUAUCACCGGAGGACCCGGGGCGCCCGGGAUGGCUGACAUCGGCUCGCCGAUCAUCCCAACCGAAAUGUCACCUACGUCGUCGUCAAACGUGACGCCCAACAUGGACCUGCCAACGCCGAACCCUGCAAACGAUAACAGGCCUGGGCCGGAUGCGUUUAGUGCUUCGGGGCUGACGUUUAACGGGGACGGGAGCAUCAACUUUGGACUGGUGGAUGAGGCUGGAGCGUACAAUGCCGGGUUUGGCUUGGAUCCGGCUUCAGCCUCAGGUUCGGUGGGCACUCAUGCUAUAAUGAGGAGAGGACACUAG